CAUAAGAGUAGGCGCUCUUCUCAUGAACAUGAUACUGAGCAACGCUUUCACCUAUGUAGCAAAGUAGCUGUGCUCAGCAAACGGAUUGUAACACUCUGACGCGGAUUUUUACUUGUUUCAGACACGUCUUUUUUCUGAAUUGAGUGGCCUGAGCAGAAUGGUAUCCCUCGUGAAUUACGCGUGUAUUAUAUUGCCUCUUGCUCUCCAUCUGAUCGUCGGCCCUUGUCCCAGCUCAGCUGCCUCCACCAGGAGGUGUCACUCCAUCUAUAAGGGCUUCGCUCAGUGUCUGAUGGCUCUGGGAGACAGCCUGACCGACAGUGCCCAGAAAGAUGAGGACACACAGGAGAUACACACCAUCUGCAAGUCCUGGGAUGAGUUUCAUGACUGUGCAAACGUGGCGAUGGCCUGGUGUCCGGAUGAGGCUUCUGCUGUCUGGGAGUCUUUGCGACAGGAGUCCAAGAAGAUGCAGUUUUCUGGAAACCUGUAUUACAUGUGCUCCAGUCGUGACCAACCAGCUGCCAACGCUGAUGCCCUGAGCCCGUCCAACCAGGAAGAGAUUAGCCAGGAGUCUCUUAAAGCACACGCCCACUGUCCAGGUCCUGCCUCCUUCUUAUUGCUCCCCUCAUGUCUGUCUUUUCUGCUGCUGUUGCCUAGCCUAUAGACAUGACCAGAGUGAAGGGCAGGGAGGAACUCAUAGAGGACAUGUACAAACAGACAGUAUCAAUAAGUCACUCAUAUUUUUUUCUGUACUAAAAAGGAGUUGCAUAUAUUUCUAGCUGCACGUUCAGAUUGGCAGCUCCUCAUCUGUGUAGUGUAUUCAUUUCAUACACACAUAUCAUCUCUAUGGAUAACUUUAUAUGUUUGUACAAUACUACUGUCCUCAGAUGAUGUGUAUUACAAUUGGUUUUGUUGCAAAACGCUACAUACAAUGUCUUGCAAAGGUAUUCACCCCCUUGGCAUUUUGUUGCAUUACAACCUGUAAUUUAAAUAUAUUUUUAUUUGGAUUUCAUGUAAUGGACAUACACAAAAUAGUCCAAAUUGGUGAAGUGAAAUGAAAACAUAACUUGUUUCAAAAUAUUCAAAAAAAUGACAAUGGAAAAGUGGUGCUUGCAUGUGUAUUCACCCCCUUUGCUAUGAAGCUCUUAAAUAAGAUCUGGUGCAACCAAUUACCUUCAGAAGUUACAUAAUUUGUUAAAUAAAGUGCACCUGUGUGAAUCUAAGUGUCACAUGAUCUGUCUCAUGAUCUCAGUGUAUAUAUACACCUGUUCUGAAAGGCCCCAGAGUCUGCAACACCACUAAGCAAGGGGCACCACCAAGCAAGCGGCACCAUGAAGACCAAGGAGCUCUCCAAACAGGUCAGGGACAAAGUUGUGGAGAAGUACAGAUCAUGGUUGGGUUAUAAAAAAAAUAUCUUAAACUUUGAACAUCCCAUGGAGCACCAUUAAAUCCAUUAUAAGAAAAUGGAAAGAAUAUGGCACCACAACACACCUGCCAGGAGAGGGCUGCCCACCAAAACUCAUGGACCAGGCAUGGAGGGCAUUAAUCAGAGAGGCAACAAAGAGACCAAAGAUAAUACUGAAGGAAUUGCAAAGCUCCACAGAGGAGAUUGGAGUAUCUGUCCAUAGGACCACUUCAAGCCGUACACUCUACAGCACCGGGCUUUUAUGGAAGAGUGGCCAGGAAAAAGCCAUUGCUUAAAAAAUAAAAUAAACAAACAUGUUUGUUGUUCACCAAAAGGCAUGUGGGAGACUCCCUGAACAUAUGGAAGAAGGUACUCUGGUUAGAUAAGACUAAAAUAGAGCUUUCUGGCAAUCAAGGAAAACACUAUGUCUGGCGUAAACUAACUUCACCCAGAGAACACUAUCCCCACAGUAAAGCAUGCUGGUGGCAGCAUCAUGCUGUGGGUGUGUUUUUCAUUGGCAGGGACUGGGAAACUGGUCUGAAUUGAAGGAAUGAUGGAUGGCGCUAAAUACAGGGAAAUUCUUGAGGGAAACCUGUUUCAGUCUUCAAGCGAUUUCAGAAUGGGACGGAGGUUCACCUUCCAGCAGGACAUUGACCCUAAGCAUACUGCUAAAGCAACACUCGAGUGGUUUAAGGGGAAUCAUUAAUGUCUUGGAAUGGCCUAGUCAAAGCCUAGACCUCAAUCCAAUUGAGAAUCUGUGGUAUGACUUAAAGUUUGCUGUACACCAGCGGAACCCAUCCAACUUGAAGGAGCUGGAGCAGUUUAGCCUUGAAGAAUGGGCAAAAAUCCCAGUGGCGAGAUGUUCCAAGCAUACACCAAGAGACUUGCAGCUGUAAUUUCUGCAAAAGGUGUCUCUACAAAGUAUUGACUUUGGUGGGGUGAACAGUUAUGCACACUCAAGUUUUCUGUUUUUUUAGGUCUUAUUUCUUAUUUGUUUCACAAGAAAAAAUAUCUUGCAUCUUCAAAGUGGUAGGCAUGUUGUGUAAAUCGAAUGAUACAAACCCCCCAAAAAUCCAUUUUAAUUCCAGGUUGUAAGGCAACAAAACAGGAAAAAUGCCAAGGGGGUGAAUAGUUUCAAAAGCCACUGCAUCCAUUGUUUAGCUGGAAUGGAAUGUUCGUAUCCUGUAUAUUUAACAUAUAAAUUCAACACAUAAUAAAUAACCUCAUGCUAUAGUACUUGGCACCCUAUUCCUUAUAGAGUGCACUAAUUUUAACCAGAGCCUAGAUCUCAUAUUACGGUGUUGAUAAAUGUUUUAAUAUAUAUAUAUUUUAAAUAUUAAUGUCCCAAAUGUAUAAUUUCUACUGUUCUUUAAUAAAAAUGUAAUUAUAUGUCACAUUUGACUGUGUAAAACCUUGCAGUACUACUCUUUUCUCUGAGAGGGAGGCGGAUACAAUGGGGUCUGAAAUUAUUGAGAGCCUUGAUAAAGUAAAUAAUGAAUGUAUAAAAUAAAUAAUUCAAGUAAUGAACUAUAUUGUAUGCUUCAAAAAUGUGGAAAUUAUAUUUUAUACUAACACAAUUUCUCAGAGAAAGAGAUUUUGUUUAAUAAGUAAUCCUUUUUUUCUCAAAAAGGUGGGAGUCAAAAUGAUUGACAUCAAUCCAAGAUUCUUAUAAAUAAAGUAGUCUAAAGUUGAGUAUUUGUUCCCAUUUAGUAUUUGUUCCUAUUCCUAGCAUGCAAUGACAACAUCAGGCUUGUUACUACAAACUUGUUGGAUGCAUUUGCAGUUAGUUUUGGUUGUGUUUUAGAUUAUUUUGUGCCCAAUAGAAAUUAAUGGUAAAUAAUGUAUUGAGUCAUUUUCAAGUCACUUUUAUUAUAAAUAAGAAUAGAACAUGUUUCUAAACAUGAUUACGGGUAAUCCUUAAUGAAUCGUGAUUAAUGAUGAUUGAGAAAGUUACAGAGAGUCAAAGAUCAAACCUCCAAGACAUGCUAACCUCUCACCAUUAGCAAUAACAGGGGAGGUUAGCAUGUCUCAUUGCUCAUCUUUAUCAAGGGUGUUAAUUAUUUCGGACCCCAGUGUAUAUCUCGUUUUGCAACCAAAAUGUAUUAUUUGUCUCUCUGAAAUAAAACCAUCUAGUGACAGGUUUCAAACAAACACAUUUCUGUAAUUUAACAACCCCAUGUCAUGAUAAGAUGAGGUAGAAACACACAACUCUUUCAUAAGUUCUUGAAAAGAAAAAAGCUAAUUUACAAACAUUUCUGAAAAUGGAUAGACAGUGUUUUGGAAUGAAACUGUUCAGUUGAAUAGUAUGGUUCCAGGGGAUGCUAUCUGGGAGAGCUGAGGUUAGAAUGUAAAUGAGCACAUAAACCUCAAACAUCUGGAACCCAAGAAAGAGUCUUCAAGCCUUACCAGGCAAGGCUUAACAGCAACGUCUCAAACACUGUAUCCUAAGUUUGUCAGGUUGCUAUUCAAUCAGAGAGCACUGUGGGAUGUUUUGUAGCAUUGAAGGCAAUUUUUUUAAAUUUAGUUUGAGACUCACUGAGGAUUACUGAGAGGAUUACUUAGAGUAAAACCUCUAAAACAAUAGAACUCACCUGCAGGCAAGCAUAAUGAAGUAUACCCAGGUCGAGGCAGUUCGCUGCCGCUGCUCAACGGUGCAGUCAUCCCGUGUGUUUAAUACACAGUUUAUGAACAGAUAAACCACUUAACUUACAUUCAACAUCACUUCUUAUUGUCUGUUGUCUAGCUCAAGUCUAGACUAACCUAGAAUUAUAUUUAGUUAUUUGUGUUGAAGAAAUAUGGAUGAACGUGUACAUAAUGUAUUUUAUUAAUAUUAAUAUUUAUGUACAUAUCAAGCAGAGACCCUGGGGGAAUAGGAACAGUAUAGAAAUAAGCUAGGUUUUACUCUGAAGGAGUUUUGUUUUAUAAUACUCAACACCAUGAGGAUAACCCCUGUUUGACUCCAUGACAUGAAAAGUUAGCUGCGUUUAAAACCUAGUACUAAUUGAAUGUAUGUCUGAGAUAAACUACCAUGUUGGAAAUGUUACUGUACCUUUUAAAAAGUUCAUGUUUUCUACUUGCUUUGCCCUACUCAACAGCUUUAGCGGUCAAUUUGGAUUUGCAGUGUAUUUGCAUUUUUUAUUGGCAAUUAAUCUUGUUUGCUAAUGCAGCAAAGUUAUGUGGGAUGGUCAGGGAAGCGGUAGUAAACUGUAGUGAAAACCUGAAGGAAAUCUAUUUUCAUCUGCAUUGUAAAAUAUAUCAAGUGGAUUUAGUUGAUUAUUAACCAAAUUUAAAUAUUUAAAGAAUAUUGUCCGGCUAUAACAUCAGCUAACACUGCAAUAUUUUAGGUUAGUGGAUAACACAUUUUAGGCUGUUGGCAAACUCUCUAUUUCUAGAUUGUGUGUGUUUGCGUGCGAGCGUGUGUCUGUGCGUAUGUGUGUGUGUGUGUGUGCUCGUAUGUUUGUGUGUGUUUGUAUGUAUGUAUUUGCUUGUGUGCAUUGUGCCAGUGUAAUAACACUUGGUGAAUAAAAGCUAUGACUUUUAUGCCUGCCUCUCUGUUAUCUUGCUUUACAAAAUACUUUUUCAUUCCUGUAUACAUCAGCUCAUAAGCAUCAUUAUUCUUUGCAUAGAUAUGAUGUUAAUGUACCUGAAUUGUAUAGUUCUGAACUAGCAGUUUUAAAGAACAAAUGUGUUGUGUUAUAUGCUUGGGACUCUGUAUGAUUGGCAUGUACAACUGUGCACUCUUUCUUUUUAUGAUAUGUUGAAAAGGAAGAAACCAUUCUGUCUGUAAUCUCAUUGUACUACAUUGACCAUACAUCUCUGAAAGAUAGAAGCAGAUGAGACGAAGGGUGCAAAUUCAAGAGAUUAUACAUUCCUCCCUUUGAAUGUGUGAUACUGUCAUCCUAAAGGCGGCCCAUCAAACAGAAUGCUUAUUUAGAGCCCCGGGGAUGAAUAAGCCUCUGAGGGACAUUCAUCUAUGGGCUUUUUCCACUGUGGACAGACCACACACUGGACCAAGUUCAGAGACACUGGGCUUGGGAGAACAACAUCCCGAUAUAUGUCAUUCAAUUGAAUAGUGUGUACUGACAAUCUUCAGUAGAAGCAUAUCUUUUGUACAGAAAGCCAUCCACAGGGUGUUCCUGUUUCAACAUUGGUUCAAAUUCUUUUCACUUUCACUAUGUGUCUGUCUGUAUGAAGUAUGUUUUGCUACAUUUAUAAAUAAUCAAUAAAAUGGUGAUGACUGAUGCUGA